GCACCAGCUGUGCAGGCCUCGUCUGGGACCGCUCGAAGUUGGACCUGUCCGAUGCGUUCAUUUGGCCCAGUGGCUACAUGGCGAAGACAGAGUUCAACAUCAACCACAAGGGCGAGCUCCUCAACGGGCGGUCCUCUGCAUUGGUCACGAUCGAGCGCCUGAUCGAAUGCAACUCUCGCCGCCUGACAACGAAUGCAGACACCGGCGAGCUGCAGGAGAUUCCAAUUGGCUCACAGUUGGCUUUCAACGAGAUCAACUGGCCCUGCACCGGCACAGAGGGCUUGGCGGCAGUCUUCGUCCGCUCCGUGGACGUCGACCAUGUGCUGCAUGCCUUGGGUGUGGUGGCUCUACUCGACCAUGCGCUCGGCUGCCAGUUGCCGCUGGUGCUGAUGGAUUCCAACAACGCCGUUCGCACGCUGGACCAGGCGCUGCAGCGUGCCUUUCUCUUGGAG